CUGUAACUAACGCGAACAGCAGCACCUCCUGGUGUUUAAAAACCUUCACACUCAAUUUAAUUUAACUAAAUGUGUAGCUUACCAUGGCGUCUCUACAGAAUAAAGUCACCAUCAUAACAGGUGCAAGUUCAGGUAUUGGAGAAACAACUGCAUUACUGUUUGCUGAGAGCAAAGCAAAGGUAGUUCUAGCAGCUAGAAAUGUUGAAAAUCUUGAGAAAGUAGCCUCCUUGUGUAAAUCUAAAGGAUUAUCAAAAAAUGAUAUAUUGGUUAUUCCUUGCGAUGUCACUAAUGACGACAAUUUGAAGACAUUAGUCGAUGAGACCGUCAAGAAAUUUGGAAGAAUCGAUGUGUUGAUCAAUAAUGCAGGAAAAGGAAACAUGGGUAAUGUAAUGGCGACAUCAGCAGCUACUCUAGACGAUACAAUGAACACCAACUUCAAAUCGAGUUAUAAUUUGUCCAGGCUUUGUGUUCCACAUCUUAUUAAAACUCAAGGAUCCAUCGUGAAUGUUUCUAGUACAUUAGGACAACGUGCAGCUCCUGAUCUUUCUGCUUAUUGUAUUGCGAAAGCUGCUUUGGAUAUGUUCACACGUUUGUUAGCCUUAGAACUGGCUCCCCAGAAAGUACGGGUUAACGCAGUCAAUCCGGGAUUUAUUAUGACAUCAUUCGCAGAUAAUGCUGGAUGGACAAACGAUAUGAAAGAAAUGUAUCUCGAGCGGUUGAAAGUGCUACAACCUCUUGGUGGUGCGGGCAAACCGGAAGACGUCGCCAAGGCAAUACGAUUUCUGGCAUCUGAUGAAGCAUCAUUUACUACCGGACAUUUGCUAUUUGUCGAUUCUGGACUACAUGGUGCAAUUCCAUCAUAACAUUUAAUUUUAUUUAUUAAAAGCAUUCACAAUUUAUUGAAUAGAAUGUUACUCCUUAACAACAUUUAUGAAAACAGACUUAUGGUCAAAGUAACAUUAUUAGUCUUUUUUUAAAUAAUAAAACAAAUAUAUAAAGAUUAG